AUUAGAAAUUGAACACAGUGGCAGUCUCGAAGACCGAAAAAGAAAGCAGGAAGCAAAAGAUAAAUUAGAUAAGGAGCACAAAGAAGCCCAAAUUAAAAAUUUACAAGCACCACCAGAGGAAAGUGAUUGCAUGGCAGUAGUAGGAGUUGAACCGGACAAUGCUUUUCCACGGAAAUUAAUUUAUUCAGAUGAAAUCACCCAGUAUUUUCAGGAUAUUUUAAAAGAUUUAGAAGACUUGGUAAAAAUUGGGAAAGUUAAUCCCGGUUUGGAUGAACGCAAUGACAAAUAUGCUGAACAUUUAAAAAGGAGAAACAUGGUCAUGUAUGGAGCACCGGAUCCAGGUAACCCUAACCAUGAAUUAUUAAAAGAAAUUGAGAGAAAACCACCUUGCAUUAUUCAAAUUGACGGUACUACUAUCAAAGCACCAGGCAAAGGCUCACCAGUGGGUGAUAAAAUUGACUCCCAUGAAAAAUUGAUAAAAAUCAUUGAAAAAGCCAAAGAAUUUUAUUAUGGCGAUAAAUACAGCAAUAAACCUUACAUUGUUUUCAUUGAAGAAGCUGACCAAGGAUGUAAUGUUCUCGAUAAGGAAAAAGGAAAGUUAUUAGAAGAUUGA